CUUUUCUAACCAGUUUAUAAAUAACGUAAGCACCGAGCAAUGCUGUGCUAAACCAAGGCAGAUAAUGCGUUAACUGAUGUUCCCAAGAAGCUGCGGUCAUUUUACUUGACUUGAUCCUUGCUGAAAUGACUUAUUAAAAAAGUCAAAAUUGGGAAAGAAUUAUGAUGGUCGGACCAAUGGCUGCCAAUGGAUUGGAUUGAAAUCGAACCAGCAGUGGAUUGGAGGACGAUUGGGCGAACACAACAGAAUCGGGUUGCCAAUGGAUACGGAUGACACAACGGAAUUGCCUAAUUGUUGUAUAAAGAAGGUCAGAAAUUGGAAUCUACCUCCUCACAUUGGAAGAUGGACUACCCGCAUUGUCGUUGCAUUUUUAAUAUGGGCUGCACUUUGGUCCAUUGUUGGCAAAGAUGCCUUACCCGGUGGGAACCUUUACUCGUUAUCUGUUUUACUAGGAUUAUCUGCCUUGGCUGGAUUUAUGGUUCGAAUCAUCCCAAAGUUGAAAUUGCCAAGCUUGUUGGGAAUGUUGAUCACUGGUUUCAUGUUGAAAAAUGUCAAAGGCAUUGAUGUGGCCAAGGAUAUAGACAAUAACUGGUCUUUAACACUUCGAAAUGUUGCUCUAGUUGUUAUAUUGCUUAGGUCUGGUCUUGGUCUUGAUCAGAAGGCACUCAAAAGGGCAAAGUGGACAAUAAGUAGACUUGCUUUGCUUCCCUGUACAGCUGAAGCAAUCACAGUAGCCAUCAUGGGUUACUUGCUACUUGACAUGGGUUUUAAAUGGAGUUUUCAACUUGGAUUUUUGAUUGCUGCUGUAUCACCAGCUGUUGUGGUUCCAUCACUCUUGGAAUUGCAAGAAAAAGGCUUUGGUAUUGAUCAAGGAAUUCCCACUUUGGGCAUUGCUGCAGCAUCUCUUGAAAAUGUUUUCUCCAUUAGUUUGGUUGGCGUUUUUUUGGGCAUUGCUUUCUCUGAAGGUAACCUUGCAUACAAUAUAUUUCGUGGUCCCAUUGAAAUCAUCAUUGGCAUUUCCAUUGGUGUUUUUGUUGGUCCUGUACUCUGGAUUAUACCAUGUAAUGAGAAGGGAAGUGCUCCACAAAAGAACAGAUUUGUACUCCUGUGUAGUUUGGGUCUCCUCUCUUUAUUUGGCUUGAGAAGAGCUCAUUUUUCUGGGGCCGGUGCCCUUGGUUCUUUAGCUUUGUCAUUUGUUGCUAGCCUUCAAUGGUCUAAAAGAGACAAGCAACAAAUCGGUGCUGCCUUAUCAAUAGUUUGGGAUUUCUUUAUGCCACUUUUAUUCAGCUUAAUUGGUGCUGAAGUGAAUGUGGAAUACAUGGAAAGCCAGCUUAUUGGCCGUGGUAUAGGAAUUUUGAUUGUUGGGUUGAUACCUAGACUGUCUGUGGUCUAUCUUGUUCUUUUAAGAAACAACCUCUCGCGCAAAGAGAAGAUAUUUGUUGUGUUAUCAUGGAUUCCAAAAGCAACUGUGCAGGCAGCCAUUGGUUCUAUUACAUUAGACGCUGCUCGUGAUAAAGGUUUACAUGGAAAGUAUCAAGAAAAACAUGGCAUACAGAUUCUUACCUUGUCAGUUCUGUCAAUUCUUAUUACAGCACCAAUAGGAGCAAUAGCAAUGACUACAACUGGUCAGAAACUCUUAAAAAAGUCUGAAAUGAUAUCUCAAAGCAAUACUGAACAAAUUGAAAAAAUAGAACUGACCAAUGACAUUGGUUAUGUUUAAACUUCUAUAAGUCACAUAUGUUGUAAAUUUGUAAUACAUAGAUACCAAAAUAACAACAAAUGUAAUUAACUUAUUGCAAUCAACAUUCAUUAAGAACAACUACAUUACAUAUAUUGUACUCCAAUA